ACGUGUGGGCGGCUCCAGGCAGUCAGUCUGCGGGUCCGGGCUGUGUAGCGCCGCUUAGUAUAGCUCAGCCCUACGCCCGGCUUUGUGUCCCGGGACCGCAGCGUCGCAUCUCCGCCUCAUUCAUUGCACCGCUCCUCCUCAGAGCCGAAACGCGGGCCCGGGCCCCCGGCUCUGUGCAUUAUGUCAAAGCGGCUGAAGAGCCUGGAGGUCUGCGCGGACUGCAGCGUGCAGGAUCCUCGCUGGGCAUCUAUUAACAGAGGUGUACUGAUAUGUGACGAAUGCUGUAGUGUACACCGGAGCCUGGGGCGACAUAUCUCACAAGUGAGACAUCUUAAACACACGCCAUGGCCUCCUACCUUACUACAGAUGGUACAGACCUUGUAUAGUAAUGGAGCGAAUUCAAUAUGGGAACAUUCUUUGCUGGACCCGGCAUCCAUAAUGAGUGGAAAACGGAAAGCCAAUCCCCAGGAUAAGUUGCACCCAAACAAAGCUGAGUUUAUAAGAGCGAAAUAUCAAAUGCUGGCAUUUGUUCACCGUUUACCAUGUCGAGAUGAUGAUAGUGUCACAGCCAAAGAUCUUAGUAAGCAACUUCAUUCAAGUGUUAGGACUGGUAACCUAGAGACCUGUCUGCGGCUCUUAUCCCUAGGAGCACAAGCAAAUUUUUUUAAUCCGGAAAAGGGAAGUACACCUCUUCAUGUGGCAGCAAAAGCAGGACAGAUAUUACAGGCUGAGCUCCUCACGGUCUAUGGUGCAGACCCAGGCACACCUGAUUCUGCUGGGAAAACGCCUAUUGACUAUGCAAGGCAAGGUGGCCACCACGAAUUGGCAGAUCGUCUUGUAGAAAUUCAACAUGAAUUGACAGACCGGUUAGCAUUCUACCUUUGUGGAAGGAAACCAGAGCACAGAAACGGACAGCACUUCAUUAUACCACACAUGGCAGAUAGCAGUUUGGACUUAUCAGAACUGGCUAAAGCUGCCAAGAAAAAACUGCAAUCUUUAAGCAAUCACUUAUUUGAAGAACUGGCAAUGGAUGUCUAUGAUGAAGUUGACAGACGAGAAACAGAUGCAGUUUGGAUAGCUACUCAGAACCAUAGCACACUUGUCACAGAGACCACUGUAGUACCUUUCCUUCCUGUGAAUCCUGAGUAUUCCUCGACGCGUAACCAGGGAAGGCAGAAAUUGGCCCGUUUCAAUGCCCAUGAAUUUGCCACCCUGGUAAUCGACAUUUUAAGUGACGCCAAAAGGCGACAACAAGGAAAUUCAGUCGUAGCACCCAAAGAUAAUGUGGAAUUGGUCUUAAAAAGUAUAAGCAAUCAACAUAGCAACGAAAGCCAAGAUAACGACCAGCCUGACUAUGAUAGUGUCGCAUCUGAUGAAGAAACAGAUCUGGAGAAUGUUCCACCCAAUUCUAAUAGGGAAAAGAGCUUGGAAUCCGAGUUAUCUGAUGGUACAUUUACAGUACAAGAGUUUCUUGAAGUUAAAAAUGCCCUGACUGCAUCGGAAGCAAAAAUACAACAGUUAAUGAAAGUGAAUAACAAUCUCAGCGAUGAGCUUCGGAUAAUGCGGAAAAAGCUCCAAACACUGCAAUGUGAGAAUACCAACCUCAGGAGACAGGCCACAACUAACCUGUAUCAGGUCCCAACUGGGUCAGAAUACACAGACCUCGCCAACCCACCUUCAUUAAAGAGGCGGCCUUCAGGACGAGGUAGCAGGCCCAUGUCUAUGUAUGAGACGGGAUCUGCCCAGAAGCCUUACCUCCCUAUGGGAGAAGUUACUUACCCAGAAGAAGGUAUUAAAAGACUACAGCCUUUCCCACCCCAUAUCGGGAGGAGUGCAUAUGUGACCUCCUCUUCAUCCCUGCCUUCCUUCCCCUCCACGCUUUCCUGGUCAAGAGAUGAAAGCACACGAAGGGGGUCAAAAGUAGAAAAGCAAACCAGUGUACAAGAAAGCGACUAUGAUAAUACCCUUCAUGAUGCAGAGCUGGAAGAAACGAGUUCAAGUAGAAAAGGGAGACAGAGAAGCCUGCCCUGGCAUGGAGAAGGCUCCAUUCCAGAAAUAGAUGACCCUGAUGUAAAUAUAAGCUCCACUCUGCCCAGCACAGAGGAUGUAAUUCGGAAGACUGAACAGAUCACCAAAAACAUCCAAGAGCUGCUUAGGGCAGCACAGGAAAACAAACAUGACAGGCCCUUUGAACGUGAAAGUGUGCGCAGGCUGAGGCAUAGCCUUGGUUGUUUUAGCACAUUGGUUCCUUGGGCAGAGAAAGCCCCACUGCAGCCAUUGACCCUCCAGCAGCCAGACUCUACCUCCUGCUAUUUACCAUGUUCGGAAAGAAUACACGUUGCAGUGACAGAAAUGGCAGCCCUCUUUCCAAAGAAACCCAAGUCGGACAUGGUGAGAACAUCACUACGCCUUCUUACAUCCAGUGCUUAUCGACUGCAAACUGAGUGCAAAAAGACCCUGCCGAUCGAGUCCAGUCCGAGCACCGACAUUCAGCUGGUGACACAGCAAGUCAUUCAGUGCGCCUAUGACAUCGCUAAGGCUGCCAAACAAUUGGUCACCAUUACAACCAAAGAAAACACAAACUAAGGAAUAGUGGUCACCUUUUGUUUUCCUGAAGGACAUGUGGGACUUACAUUUUUCUUAAGGUUUUAUUUGAUAAUUAGGCAGGUUCAUCUUAAGACUUCAGUAUCAGUAUUACUAUUUGCAUGUAUUACUUCUAAGUGUUUCUCUGGACUAUCUUAAUUUACCCCACUGCCUUAUAUGUAAACUUUUCUGCCAGUUUAAAAAGCAUUGUACUUCAUCCAUUACUCAGAGAACUUUAAAGGGGUUUUUCUGACAGUUUUAUACUGAUGACCUGUCCUGAAGAUACAGUAGGUCAUCAGUAUUUGAUUGGUUGGGGUCCAACAGCGGGGAAACCCUUCUUGCAGCUUGCCAUAGAUCAGUGACAUCGUGGUCAGUGGUCACAUGGCCUAGGUGCAGCUCAGUCCCAUUCAAGUGAACGGGGCUGAGUUGCAAUACCAAGCACAGCCACUAUACUAUGUACGGCGCUGUGCUUGGUAAGCUGUGAGGAGGCCACGACACUCUCCAGAGUGCCGUGGCCUCCUCAAACAGCUGAUCAGUAGUGGUCCCAGGAGUCAGACUCAAACCGAUCAUAUACUAAUUACCUAUCCUGAGUAUAGGUAGUCAGUUUAAGACUGUCAAAAAAAAAAAA